AUGUUAACUAUUGCCAGCUAUGAUAAGGUGGUCACUCUGCCCUCCACAACACCCAAUCCCUGUCACGUCGACAAUACCUGCAACUGUACUGUCGAUGAGAUUGAAGUGAUUUGUGGCGACGAUAUUACCGACACAUCUAUUAAGCGGACAUUCAAUGAGAUUAAAGUGAAGACAUAUUUGGACGCAUUUGAGUUGUACGACAAUCACCUCAUCACUGGUCUCCCCGACUAUAUCUUUCACGACGUAUCAUUCAAAACAAUGAACGUGUUCAAUGUGAAAACACUGACCAUGGUGGGCGAGAAUGCGUUCGCCAGUUCAGUCAAUACGACCACAUCUUUGCGGAUCAGCUCGUGUUCACUGAAGUCCAGCGAAUCCUUAUUUAAAGCCAUUUCACAAUUGGUUCGCUUGACUUCUGUUGAUCUCUNUUCAGUCAAUACGACCACAUCUUUGCGGAUCAGCUCGUGUUCACUGAAGUCCAGCGAAUCCUUAUUUAAAGCCAUUUCACAAUUGGUUCGCUUGACUUCUGUUGAUCUCUCAGACAAUCAGGAGAUAGCAGAUAAUGCGUUUGGGCCUAACCAGCAUCAGUUGACCAUGGUGCUUCUGGACAGGAACCAACUGAAGACCCUUGGUAAAAAUGCGUUUAAACCACUUCAUGGGUUAAAUUGGUUGGAUUUAAGCGACAAUUUAUUGACAAAACUGGCGGACAAUUCAUUUACACUGCAAUCAGUAAACGGCUCGCAAUACAAUCCCAUAAAAAUUAACUUCAAACUGAACCAAAUCGCCCAAAUCGGUGACCAGGCCUUUGCCGGACUCGACCGACCCGUCACUCUAGACCUGUCUUUCAACAAUUUAACGCAAUUAACGGCCAAUACAUUCGCCCAUAUGUUAAGCUACGAGCCCUCGAAGAUUAUUAUUAAAGGAAAUCACGUGAACUGUAUCUGUGGUCUGAAAUGGGUUUACGUGAACAGCACUAUGAAGCCUAAGAUGUCGGGUCCCCUCCGAUGCGAUGAUAAGCGCUACUUCUCCAGCCUUACGGACACUGAUUUUAAAAAUUGUACGAAUGAUCAUGAAUCCAAUUAA